AUGGCUGAAUACGAGAACGAGGCUCCCACCGGCGAUGUCGCUGACGACUCGUACGUGUCGCGCCCCGGCCACAAGAACGACGCCCUCCCCGUCAUCUCCGACCAGGAGCGCGUCGAGGACCCCAUCGAUGACCGCACGGCCGACACCGAUGAGCAGCUUCGCCGAGAUGACAAGGAAGCUAUCGACGAGUCUAACAUCAUCGGCGGCCGCACCCGGGGCGCUAAGCCAGUGGCUAGUUACCGGGAGCCGGGCGAUGUGGAGGGUCUUCCCGCGAAUGACGGCACGAGCUCUACCUCAUAA